UCGAAGGAAGGAAGGAAGGAACGUCUCUUAUUCUAACCUAUAAACUUAAAGUGGAAAGCUAUAAAGUUGAAAAGAAUAAAACUUUUGACAUAUAUAUUCUCGCUAAAGCGUGCUAGGAAUUAUAUAUACAGUAACAACAACAGAGGAGGAAAAAUAGAGCGCUUAAAAAUUUCAGAAAGUGUUUUAAAUCAAUUUACGUUAAGAGUUUUGAAAUGGAGACGAUAUUGGAGCAGCAACGACGAUAUCAUGAAGAAAGGGAGCGGUUGAUGGAUGCAAUGGUAAAGGAGAUGUUGCAUAAAAAAGCGGGACAUCGUGAAAAUAUCAACUCGGAGCAUCGACUGAAAAUGCUGCUCGAUCAAUAUACGGACAGUACAACGCACUUGCAGGAUUUGUACGAAGAUAAGGAUGGGCAGAGGAAAGAAGAGGUUCAAGCUCUCUCUGGUCCAAAUGAAUUCUCAGAAUUUUAUUCACGCUUGAAGUCUAUAAAGGAAUUCUAUCGGCGACAUCCUAACGAAAUUAGUGUUCCUAUGUCUGUCGAAUUUGAGGAAUUGGCUAAGAUGAGAGAGAAUCCGACAGAAGAGUUAUCUAAUCUCGUCGAAUUUACAGAUGAAGAAGGUUAUGGAAAAUACCUGGAUCUUCAUGAAUGUUAUCAGAAGUACAUUAAUCUCAAGGGGAUAGAAAAGAUUGAUUACAUAACUUAUCUGUCAACAUUUGAUCAUCUGUUCGAUAUUCCCAGAGAAAGGAAGAACGCAGAGUAUCAAAGAUACGUCGAGUCUUUGCUAGGAUAUUUGACGGAUUAUCUGAGCAGAGUGAGGCCUCUGUUGGAUGUGAGCGUGGAGAUUGAGGAAGCCAACAAGGAUUUUCAGACUCAUUGGGAGAAGAAUACAUUUCCUGGUUGGCCCAAGGAAGCUGGAAGUGCUCUGACUCACGUAGGAGCACAUUUGGAACUAUCUGCGUUUUCAUCGUGGGAAGAACUGGCGUCCCUUGGUUUGGACAGAUUGAAAUCGGCCUUGAUGGCAUUAGGCCUUAAGUGUGGAGGUACGCUCGAAGAACGUGCACAGAGACUGUUCAGCACGAAGGGUGAGGCUUCCCUGGACCCUAAUCUGUUGGCCAAGAAUCGGAAGGGGAAGUCAGCCAAGGGCAGAGAUUCGGAGAAGCAGAAGGAGGUCGCGCGACUCGAAUCCCACGUGUACAGACUCGCGGAAUUGGUGUCUGGGCAACGAGUGGCCACGAAGGAAAAUGUACAGAGGAAGCAGGCGAGGACCGAGGGCGAGAGGGGAGAUUCCGACGCGGAAGCGAGCGCGAGCGAGUCGGAGGAAGAGGACGACAACGAGGUGCCGUACAAUCCGAAGAAUCUACCCUUGGGAUGGGACGGCAAGCCAAUACCCUAUUGGCUGUACAAACUGCACGGUCUCAACAUCAGUUACAACUGCGAGAUCUGCGGUAAUUUCACGUACAAGGGCCCGAAGGCAUUCCAGAGGCAUUUUGCGGAAUGGAGACACGCGCACGGUAUGCGUUGUCUCGGCAUCCCGAACACGGCGCAUUUCGCGAAUGUCACUCAGAUCGAAGACGCACUCGCUCUGUGGGAGAAGCUCAAGGCUCAGAAGCAGGCCGAACGUUGGCAACCGGAGCAGGAGGAGGAAUUCGAGGAUUCCCUCGGCAAUGUGGUCAAUCGCAAAACGUACGAAGAUCUUAAGAGGCAAGGCCUGCUGUAAAAUGUAUCAUUGUACCUAUUACGAUUUUUACUUAUCGAUUGUGUACUUUUCUUAUAAUUAUCUCUCAUUUUCUUUUGUCAUCCUAAUAAAGUGUCUGAUGAGAGCUCUCAUA